CUCGUGUCGGAAAUAAAAAUGAAAACUCAAUUUUAAUGGCUGAAAUGCCAGCCACUGCGAUUUCUCAGAGCAACUUCAACUGUGCCAUUAUGCUACUUUUUUAAGUCUCCUCUCUUAUUCUUAAGUGUAAGCUGAUAGCUUGUUGAUAUAUUUGUGCGCCGGCUUGCCUACACUAUUAUAAUUUUUGUGUGAGGAUGGAGCCCAACGAUUUGUUACAGGAGCUUCUUAACGUGGAGGUUGAGAUUCAAGAUGUUGAAGAUCAAAUAAGGGCAUUGAUCGAACGACAAGAGAGGUUGCACGAGAGAAAAUCGGAGCUCCAGGCUGUACUGGAAGCAUGUGAAGAAUCUGGAAACCAGGUCAAUGGUGGUGCUCCAAGUGCUGUGGAAAAUUGGUCUGGGCCAUUUGAAUGGGAUCCUGAAGCAGAUGAUGUCAGGUUGAAUAUAUUUGGCAUCUCUACAUAUCGUGCAAACCAAAGAGAGAUAAUUAAUGCCAUCAUGAGUGGAAGGGAUGUUCUGGUGAUUAUGGCAGCGGGUGGUGGCAAGAGCCUCUGCUACCAGUUUCCUGCUGUUCUGCGUGAUGGGAUUGCUCUUGUUGUCAGUCCUUUGCUUUCUUUGAUUCAGGAUCAGGUUAUGGGUUUGACUGCUUUAGGGAUCCCAGCAUACAUGUUGACAUCAACAACAACUAAGGAAGAUGAGAAGUUCAUAUACAAGGUGCUGGAUAAGGGUGAGGGGGAUCUCAAAGUAUUGUAUGUCACGCCCGAAAAAAUAUCAAAGAGCAAGAGAUUUAUGUCAAAACUAGAAAAGUGUCAUCACUCUGGUCGUCUCUCUCUAAUUUCAAUAGAUGAGGCACAUUGCUGUAGUCAAUGGGGUCAUGACUUUAGACCUGAUUACAAGAACCUUGGUAUUCUCAAGACUCAAUUUCCUAAUGUUCCAUUAGUUGCUUUGACUGCAACUGCUACUCAAAGAGUCCAAAAUGAUCUGAUUGAAAUGUUGCACAUUCCGAGAUGUGUCAAAUUUGUCAGCACGGUCAACAGACCAAACCUAUUUUAUAUGGUAAAGGAAAAGUCAUCUGUUGGUAAGGCGGUUAUUGAUGAAAUUGCCGAAUUCAUUCAAGAAUCUUAUCCAAACAAGGAAUCUGGGAUAGUUUAUUGUUUCUCCAGGAAAGAAUGUGAACAGGUUGCAAUGGAGUUAAGGGAGAGGGGAAUUUCUGCAGAUUAUUACCAUGCAGAUAUGGAUGUACAUGCUCGGGAAAAAGUACAUAUGCGGUGGAGCAAUAGCAAGUUGCAGGUCAUAGUUGGUACGGUGGCAUUUGGCAUGGGAAUCAACAAACCAGAUGUCAGAUUUGUCAUCCAUCAUAGCUUGAGCAAAUCAAUGGAAACAUACUACCAGGAAAGUGGUCGAGCUGGGAGAGAUGGACUCCCAUCUGAAUGUGUUCUCUACUUUAGACCUGGUGAUGUGCCGCGGCAGAGUUCAAUGGUUUUCUACGAAAACACAGGACUGCAGAAUUUGUAUGACAUUGUGCGAUACUGUCAGUCCAAAAAAAAAUGUCGCCGCAGUGCCAUUUUCCAGCACUUUGCUGAGACACUUCAAGAUUGCAAUGGGAUGUGUGACAAUUGUGCAUUCCCAAGUGAGGUGAAAGAACUGGACGUCUCCAGCCAUGCGAAGCUGAUGGUUUCUUUGUUGCAAGAUAUGCAAGAAAAUGAUCAGAGAUUAACAAUGUUACAGUUGGUUGACAAAAUGAAACUUAAGCAGAAGGAACUAGAUUUUGUGUUGAAGAAAGAGGAAAUGGAGCAGCUCAUCUUACAGCUUUUACUAGAGCGGAUUUUGAAAGAAGAGUUUCAGCAUACAGCAUAUGCGACAAAUGCUUAUGUUGCUGUGGGACCACUGGCCAAGCAAAUAUUGCUAGGAAAGAAGAAUGUCAAGAUUGAAAUUUCUAGUGAACAGAGAAUUAAGGCUGGUGUAAGAUCAGUUAAACGUAGCCUUGGUUCCUCUGGUCUGGAGGUAAAGCUUGAUGAGUUGAGGAAAGAAUUGUCCUCCAUUCAUGGAGGAAUACUCCCACACUCCGUCUUAUCCACUCAACAAAUCAGCCUCAUAAGUUCUCAAAGGCCGAACUCACUAGAGCAGUUGGAGAAGAUAAUUGGAAGACUGAAGACAGAAAAGUAUGGAGAGAGAAUACUUGCGCAUAUUGAAAUGUAUUCUGAUUCCAAGGCUCCUGGUGAGGGAAAUGAACCAGGUACUGGGGCUAGAGCUGCAAAGAGGUCCAAGACCAAGAAACCUAUUGUGCUUGUUGAGAGUAGUGAAGAUGAAGCGUGAUAUCAUGACAUUGGACGACCUACUGUGUGCUCCUUAACAGGCAGUAUGCAUGCUUUUAUUAAAUAUAAUUACUUAGAAAAACGAAGCACCCCAUUUUGAUAAAUGAAGCUUCUGAGUCCUCCUCUGUAAAAUCCCAUCAUUGAAAUUGCUGGUGACCGCAGAGUUUGAUUGAUAUUUUUCUGUUUUCUUUAAGGUGAGCAGGGAAAGGAAGCUACUUGAUAAAACGUCCACAAUUUUUUUUUUUGUGGGGUUUUUUUUGGGGGGGGGGGGGGGUUUCACAGACUAUGUAGCUCAGUUGAUUUGAGAACAUUGUUUUGUUUUUUUCUGCCAAAUAUUGGAGAACAUUGUUGGUUGGAAGCGUAGAUUUUAGAUUAUUUAUAUAUAAAGCUGUGAAAACGCAUUCCAGUCCAUGUGAUUCUAUUCGAUUUUUGUUCUGUUGUUAAAGUUCAUUCUUUAUCUAAUAGUUUUCGACGUUUAGAAGACAA